AUGAGUGCCUUUGAAGAGUUGGGAAUUUGCCCUGAAAUUAUCCAAGCAGUCGAGGAGGACGACUGGCUGCUUCCCACUCCUGUGCAGCAAGAGGCCAUUCCUCUUAUUCUUGGUGGAGGUGAUGUAUUGGUGGCGGCUGAAACUGGAAGCGGAAAGACCGGUGCUUUCGGUUUGCCUUGCCUCCAGAUCGUCCACGAGACCUUGCGCGGGAAAUGCAGCACCAGGUUGGCAUGUCAUUAA